AUGAUAGGAAGAGCCGACAUCGAAGGAUCAAAAAGCAACGCUGUUUCGCUCUACAUUAUGAACGCUUGGCAUAGUGGGUGAGAGCCACUUAAAAAGCCAGCAUUUUAUCCCUGUGGUAACUUUUCUGACACCCAAGAACCCCCAGAAAGCUUAAAACCAAGUAACAAAACCUGCCCAACCUCAAGCAGCAAAAAAAGACUCAAAAAGGAUCGAUAGGCCAUGCUUUCACAGUUUGUAUUCAUACUGAAAAUCAAAAUCAAGUGAGCUUUUUACCCAUUUUUGUUCUAUUACAUGAGAUUUGA